GUUUCUGUGGUGAGUUUUUCUGUGCCGGCUGACGACACCCUUCUCGUGGCAGCCUACGACCGCUCCGUGCGGCUAUAUAAUUGCAAGCGGCGCUCGACAACGGCAAGCCUCGCGGCGCCGGCGCCGGUGCUUUGCGUAGCAUACUCGCCAUACAGGACGUCGUUUGCCGGGCUCUUGGACGGCACCAUCCGCCAGCUCGACUACGAAAACUUGGCGGUGUCGGCGCCCGUGGUUUCCGCCGCGGGCCGCGCGGACGAAGGCUCCGGGACUGGAAACGGCAUCAACUGUUUCCGGCCGCUGGACACCUCGCUGUUUGUGGCCACCACGUUCGGCGGCACCAUGCUCCGCUUCGACCCGAGGGCCCUGCGCGUGGCCCACACGCAGCAGCUCCGUGGCAAGGCCUUGGCCAUGGACACGUGUGGGCACCUUGUGACGGUGGCGCUCCUGCAGCAGGCCGUGGAAAUCCACGAUGUGCGCAAGUGGGGGGCGCCCGUUCUGACCCGGGCCUCGGGGCUCCGGUUUCAGGCCCUGGCGCUCCGGGCGUUUCCCUCGGGUGAGGGCUAUGUGCUCAGCAGCGUGGACGGGCGGGUUUCGGUUGAAUACUACGACGAUCUGGCCGCGGCUCAGACGCAAAAGUUUGCGUUCAAAUGCCACCGUGUCCGGGCGCCUGCGGGCGGCGAGGAUGCCGUGUAUCCGGUGACAGGGCUCCGGUUCCACCCGGUCCACGGCACCUUGUUCACUGCGGGUGGCGACGGAAAUGUGUGUGUGUGGAACUGGGAAAAACGGAAACGAAUGAAGCUUUUGGCCCACGGGCUCGAGCUGCCGAGGGCCAUAUCGCACAUGGACCUUUCUGCAGACGGCGCGUAUGUGGCGGUGUCUGUCGAUGACGAUUCAUACUCUAGAACCGGUGGAGCGCAAGCGGCGGCGAGGGGAGGACGGGUUUUGGUUAGACCGUUGGGUGACGCAGAGUGCAAACCCAGAACGUGA